AUGCAUUCCAUCCUCCCACUCGCCCGCAGCGCCGCUUGCCGGUCCCCCGCUAGGACCGGCCUCCAGCGCUUCCUGUCCUCGUCGUCCGCGGCCGCGCCGCAGCGCACAGUCAUCGUCACGGGCGCCGGCCGCGGGAUCGGCAAGGCCAUCGCUCUGCGCCUCGCUCGGGACGGCUACGACGUGACAGUGAACGACCUGCCGUCCCUGCAGCCGUCCAUCGACAGCGUCGUCUCGGAGAUCCGCGGGCUGGGGCGCGCCGCGCACGGCUUCGCAGCGAACGUGACGGACGCGGCGGCCGUCGACGCGCUGGUGGCGUCGUCCGUGGAAGCCCUCGGGCCGCUGUCGACGAUGAUCUCGAACGCAGGGAUCGUGCAGGUCAAGUCGCUUCUGGACACCUCGGCGGAUGACAUCCGGCACAUGAUGAACGUCAACCUCGUGGGUGUGCACAACUGCCACCGGUCCGCCGCGCGGCAGAUCCUGUCCCAGGGCACGCAGGGGAAGCUGAUCGCCGCCGCGAGCAUCGCGGCGUUCCGCGCGUGGAGCAUGCUGGGGCCGUAUGCGAUGUCCAAGUUCGCCGUCCGCGCGCUGACGCAGGGCUGGGCCGUGGAGCUGGCGAAGCGCGGGAUCACGGUCAACGCGUACGCGCCGGGGAUCGUCGACACGGACAUGUGGGACGUCAUCGACGCGAAGAUGCGCGAGUACGAGGGCGACAGUGCUGCGAAGAAGGGAGACGCCAUGCGCAAGACGGGGCGAGACCUCAUUGCGUUGCCACGGCUGAGCGUGCCAGAGGAUGUCGCCAACUUGGUGAGCUUCCUGGCCAGCGACGGUGCCGAUUACAUCACCGGUCAGACGUACAUCGUAGACGGCGGAGCAUACAUGUAA